GGCGCUUUGAGGGGCUCGCAGAGGGGGCUCGCAGGUGUAGGUUGAGGUUCUAGCUCGCUCUCGGGUUCUCCGCGAAGCCCAGCCACACCGUCCCGAGGCAUGGGCCGACAGUGGGGUCCUGCCAUGAGGGUAGCCGAGCAGGCGGGCUGCGUGGUGAGCGCCUCACGGGCCGGGCAACCCGAGGCUGGCUCGUGGAGCUGCAGCGGGGUGAUCCUGAAUCAAAGCCCGGGCCUGGUGCUUUGCCACGGUGGCAUCUUCACCCCCUUUCUGCGGGCUGGCAGCGGGGUGCUGACUGCGGCCGGUGCCACCUUCCUGCCUGGCGACAGUUGCAGCGACGACCUGCGCCUGCACGUGCAGUGGGGCCCAACGGCCUUGAGUCCCACAGGCCGCACGGAGCGGGGACGCCCCAGGUUGUGCACGCCUGGGUGCGCCAGUCUGGAGCCCAGCCCGCCGGCCCGGCACCGCGGACGACCCCUGCAGCCUCCACACCCUGCCGAGCUGCUGCUGCUGCUGAGCUGCCCGGACUUCCGGGCCCACUUCGCUCGUCUCUUCGGGAGCGAGGCGACAGAGCAGUGGCGAUUUGCGAGCUCUUCGCCGGAAGACGAAAUGUCGGGGGAUGAGGAGGAGGAUCAGCUGAGAGCGCUGGGCUGGUUCGCGCUGCUGCGUGUGAAGCACGGCUCAGAGGAGAAAGCGGAUGAGCUCAGGCCAGCAAUGGCCGUGGUGCCUCUCGGGACCGUUCCCAAGGGCUCGCCGCUGCUGGCCUGUGGCUCCCCGUUCGGGUCCUUCUGCCCGGACAUCUUUCUUAAUACGCUCAGCCACGGCGUCCUUAGCAACGCGGCAGGCCCGCUACUGCUCACCGAUGCGCGCUGCCUGCCUGGCAGUGAGGGUGGCGGCGUGUUCACAGUGCGACACGCGGGGGCACUGGUGGCGCUGGUGGCGGCACCCCUCUGCUGGAAGGCCCGCGAGUGGGUGGGCCUCACACUGCUUUGCGCUGCCGCACCUCUACUCCGUGCCGCCCGUGUCGCGCUCCGCUGCCUGCGUCCCAGCACGGCUUCAUUGGCCGCUCUCCUGCCCCCCGAAGUGGGCGCCCCUUGGGGUCUGCCCCUCCAAGACCCCGGGCCUCCGUGGGCAGCCGCAGCCGUGCUGGUGGAGUGUGGCACCGUCUGGGGCUCUGGAGUGGUCGUGGCGCCCCGCCUCAUGGUGACCUGCCGGCAUGUGGCACCCCGCGAGAUGGCCAGAGUCCUGGUGCGCCCCACCAUGCCUAAGAGUGCCAAGAUCUGGGGACAUGUGGUGUUUGCCACUCAGGAGACAUCUCCGUAUGACAUAGCAGUGGUGAGCCUGGAGAAGGAACUAGAGGGUGUCCACAUGCCUGUGCCCACUGAGCAUUUUCACGAAGGCGAGGCUGUCAGCGUGGUGGGCUUUGGCGUUUUUGGCCAGGCUUGCGGGCCCUCGGUGACCUCGGGCAUCCUGUCAGCUGUGGUGCAGGUGGAAGACACUCCAGUGAUGCUGCAGAGCACAUGUGCUGUGCAUGGUGGCUCCAGUGGGGGACCCCUCUUCUCUACCUGCUCAGGGAACCUCCUGGGCAUUGUCGCCAGCAACACCCGGGACAAUAACACGGGGGCCACCUACCCGCACCUGAACUUCAGCAUUCCCAUCACCGUGCUCCAGCCGGCCCUGCAGCAGUACAGCCAGACGGGCGACCUGAGCGGCCUCCGAGAGCUGGACCACGUCGCUGAGCCAGUGAGGGUGGUAUGGCGGCUGCAGCGGCCCCUGACAGAGGCCCUGCGGAGCAAGCUCUGAGCCUGUGUCACCCGCGGGAGAGAAGAGCGACCAUUUAAUGCCAUGGGAAGGGCCAAGGGGACAGCAGCCUCAGGACCCUGACCCGGCACGCCCCAGCUGGGCAGCCUCCCAUCACCGCCUGCCUUGUUCCGCCCGGAGUCUGGAUCAAACUUCAGCCCCGUGGGUCUCCAAGCCGGUAGCCCGUCUUGGGGGUGCUUUUUUCAACCCCCACCUCUCUGUCCCCAGCACUAACUCAGCUCUGUUUCUCCCCAGCUGGGGAGCCCAGCACAACUGCACAACAGACCUGGUCCUGGCAGUUGGUGGGAAGGCAGGCCCAGCCCUGGUUUCGAGUCCAUUCCCUGUCUCCCGCUGGCCGCUGGCCACUGGAGCAGUUGCUUCCCUGGGGCCUUGGCUCCUCCCUGCUCUCUGUCAGAAUCAGCAGGCUGAUGGAGCACUGGCGCUUCCUCAGAAAACCUGGGCAGAGAAACCCGGCUCUGAAGACUGGAGACAAGGGAAAGGAAUCUCCCUGUUCUGCCAGAUCUAUAGGGAGGCAGAGUGCUCGGAAGUCAGGACUCCCGGGUCUUCAUAUGUCAGGUGUCAUUGACCUACAGGGGCAUUCUGACGCAGUGCCUUAAUUUUCAGCCCAUACAAUGGGUCUCAGGAAUCUUGGCGGAGAUGGGGUCGGGGGUGGUUAGAAUGAG